AUGACUGUGUUCAAUGAUGAGCAUGGUAUUGGCUAUAAUGGAACGGUGACCCGAGCAGCGCCCAACACCACAGCAGCCAGUAGUGAAGAGCAGGCCAAUCAGCUGCUGGAUGUGACUAGUAACGUGUCCAAGCUCAACUCCUCCCAGGUGGACCAGCUGGUGUCCCAGCUAGAGGCCCUGUUGGCCGGGCCCAAUGUCAGCCUGGCUCUGGGGAAAACCUCUGUCAAAAUCGUUAGCAACCUGCUGGGUGCCUCCUCUAACACCCUGGCCUCCUCCUCCACCAAGAUCAUUGGGAUUGUUGAUACGGUGGGCCUGAAGCUGGUCGUUCAGCAAGAGGCUACAAUUUUAACCAAGUCGGUUGCUGUCGCAGUCAAAACAGUGGACGGCACUAAUUUCCAGCAAACAUCUUUCUCCAUCCCGGACCCCAACAAUGUGCAGGUAACCUUCCAAACAGAGGCGUCCUCCCUUCCCCAGGGCUCCAUCACGUUCCCCUCCUCCCUCACAGCGAACCUCUCCCAUGAGCAGCAGCUACAAGCCUCCAGACUCCAGUUCAACUUCUACCAGAAGGCCACUGUGUUCCAGGACCGAGCCCUGGGAGAUAGCAGGCUGUACAGUGGGAUCCUGGGAGCCAGUGUGGCCAACCUGUCAAUCAAAUCUCUGCAGGAGGAUGUGGUGAUCACCCUGAGAAACACUGAGCCCGUCCCAGCAAAUGUUGUGGUUUCAUGUGUUUUCUGGGACUUUGGCUUGAAUGAUGGCUCAGGAGGCUGGAACCGAAAAGGCUGCUCUGUCAGGAACAGCACAGAUAAUCAGACUGUCUGUGCCUGUAACCAUCUCACCAGCUUCGGUGUGCUACUGGACAUCUCCAGAACAGGCAUAACCAAUCAUCUCCAGGCCACAAUCCUCACCUACAUCACCUACAUCGGCUGUGGUAUCUCCGCCAUCUUCCUCUCCGUCACUCUGCUCACCUACCUGGCCUUUGGGAAACUGCGUAAGGACAUCCCAUCUAAGAUCCUGAUCCAGCUGUGUGUGGCGCUGUUGUUUUUAAACCUGGUGUUCCUGGUAGAUGCCUGGCUGGCCCUCUACACUGAGGCUGUGGGCCUGUGCAUCUCCACCGCCUGGUUCCUGCACUACUUCCUGCUGGCUUCCUUCACCUGGAUGGGCCUGGAGGCCGUCCACAUGUACCUGGCCCUUGUCAAGGUCUUCAACACAUACAUAAAACGCUAUAUGCUUAAGUUCUCUCUCGUCGGCUGGGGCGUCCCACUCCUUGUGGUCAUCGUCGUUAUUGCUGUUGAUCCGAAAAAUUACGGCCUUGUUGGCUACGGAAAGUACUCAGAUAACUCCCCUACAGAUGACUUCUGCUGGCUGAAGAGCGACAUUGCCUUCUACGUAUCUGUGGUGGCCUACUUCUGUGUCAUCUUCCUGUUGAACCUCAGCAUGUUUGUGGUGGUGAUGGUUCAGCUGUGUCGGAUAAAGAGUCAGAACCCCCACAACAUGAGGCACCGUAACGGGCUGCAGGACCUGCGCAGUGUGGUUGGGCUCACCCUACUCCUGGGCCUCACCUGGGGCUUUGCCUUCUUCGCCUGGGGGCCCGUCAACCUGGCCUUCAUGUACCUCUUCGCCAUCUUCAACUCCUUUCAAGGGUUCUUUAUCUUUUUGUUCCACUGCGCUGUGAAGGAGAACGUGAGGAGGCAGUGGAGGACUUAUCUCUGCUGUGGUAGACUGAGACUGGCAGAGAACUCAGACUGGAGCCGCACGGCUACACAGAAGACGGAGAAGAAGUCAUUGUCAGUGACCAGAGCCACGUCCUUCCGCUCCGGCAACUCUUCCCAGUUCAACCAUACCUCCAGCUCCUCCUUCUUGACCAGUGACUCCCCAGAGCAGCCCAGUGGAGCAACAGGAAGUCUAUUUGAUGACAGAACCAUCACAGGCCUUGAGGAGCUCAACUCAGACGUGGUCCUCAAUGAGGUGAACAGCCAAUUCAGGACUCAGAGUCAGAGAUCAGCCUGA